AUGUGCGCUUUAGCAAAUAUCUCUGGUGGUUUGUCUUAUGUCAUAUCUAGCCUCGGUCAAAGCCUCGAGUCAUGCUCUUCUCCUACACAAAUUGCCGACACUUUAGGAGCAAUAGCAUCAACUCUUAUGAUAUAUGAUAACAAGGCCGAAUCUACCAAACCGUCAGAUCCUUUGGUGGUUGAAGAGACGUUACUCAAACAAUUCAAACCUCGUUUGCCUUUCCUUGUGCUAGAACAGACCAUUGAAGCUCUAGCUAGUUUAUACGGUAAUUCCAUACUCACAACUAAACUAGCAAAUUCCGAUGCAAAACGUUUGCUUGUUGGUUUGAUAACAAUGGCUGCCAAUGAAGUGAAAGAUGAGCUUAUAAAAGCUCUGUUGACUCUGUGCAAAAGUGAAGGCAGUCUAUGGCGUGCACUUCAGGGUCGUGAAGGAGUUCAACUAUUGAUAUCUCUUCUCGGCCUUUCAUCAGAACAGCAGCAAGAAUGUGCAGUUGCAUUGCUUUGCCUUUUAUCUAAUGAAAAUGAUGAAAGUAAAUGGGCAAUUACCGUUGCUGGUGGUAUACCUCCGCUUGUUCAAAUUUUGGAGACAGGAUCUGCAAAAGCAAAGGAAGAUUCGGCUAGAAUCCUUAAGAAUUUGUGCAAUCAUAGUGAAGACAUACGUGCUUGUGUUGAAAGCGCAGAUGCUGUUCCUGCAUUGUUGUGGCUAUUGAAAAAUGGAAGUCCUAAUGGGAAGGAUAUUGCAGCAAAGACUAUAAAUCAUUUAAUUCAUAAAUCUGAUACUACGACUAUCAGUCAGCUUACAACAUUAUUGACUAGUGAACUUCCUGAUUCUAAGGUAUAUAUUUUGGAUGCUUUGAGAAGUAUGCUUUGUGUUGCUCCUCUUAGUGACAUUUUACGUGAAGGUAGUGCCUCCGGUGAUGCAUUUGACACCGUGAUAAUGUUAUUGAGCUCUAACAAGGAAGAGACUCAGGCAAAAUCUGCUUCAGCUCUGGCUGAAAUUUUCGAAGCAAGGAAAGAUUUGCGUGAAAGUAGCAUUGCUGUCAGAGCUCUUUGUUCAGCCAUGAAGCUGCUCAAUGUUGAAUCCGAAAGUAUCCUAAUGGAGUCCUCAAACUGCCUGGCUUCAAUAUUUCUUUCCAUCAAAGAGAACAAGGAUGUAGCAUCUCUUGCUAGAGAUACAUUAACCACCCUAGUUACUCUAGCUAACUCUUCAGUUUUGGAAGUGGCAGAGAUGGCUAUAGGUGCUGUAGCGAAUCUUAUUUUGGAUACUGAAAUAGCAAAGAAAGUUGUUCUAGAAGAAGUUAUCUUGCCUGCCACCAGAGUAUUACGUGAAGGCAUAAAUUCUGGAAAAACUCGUGCUGCAGCUGCUAUCGCUCGCCUCUUACAUUCUCAGAAAGUUGAUAAUGCUGUUACUGAUUGUGUGAAUCGCGCCGACACUGUUCUUGCAUUAGUUUCCUUUUUGGAUUCUUCUGUCAAUGAAUCUGUUUCCACAUCAGAGGCUCUAGAAAUUUGGCUAUGCAAACGCCCUCUUAAUAUUCUAUAUGUUAUGAUAUUUGGAAACAAUAGGAUUUGGUAA